GACGAGGCCCGCUACACACGUCGCGAUAAGACAGGCGCUUAGAUCGGCGGCGUUGCGGUCCGAGCGUGGGGUUGAGGAGGUUUUCCGGGGAUUAUCUAUGGACAGAGACGCGCUCACCUAGUCUUCCUGUCUCUUUUUGCGAAAAAGAAGGCAUUCAGUUCCUGACCGGCGACCCGAGCGGACGCAUCGAGACAAAACCCUCACCGCGCCUGCAAGCGCGCGCAACGAGAAUCUCAUUUCCCUUAGACGGCUCCAGGAAAGUGGGUUUGUCGGCACAAUGAAGCAGAGUUCGGGAUCUCUGACGUUGACUCCGGUGCACCUGAAUGGCUACGACACGGCGGCCCAGCACCAGCCUCCCACGGUGACGGCGAACAAGGGCCAAGAUGGCGACGACGACCAGUUCGCGCCACCAGCGGCCCCCAGGGAGCGCGCGGAGUCGGUGACGUCACGAGGCAACUGGGGCAGCCGCUGGGAGUUCCUGCUCUCCUGCGUGGGCCUCUCCGUGGGCAUCGGCAACGUCUGGCGCUUCCCCUACCUCGCCUAUCAGAAUGGAGGAGGCGCCUUCCUCAUCCCGUAUCUCAUCAUGCUUGCGUUGGCCGGCAAGCCCAUGUAUUUCCUGGAACUCGCCUUCGGACAGUUCUCCGGCCAGAGCCCGCUCACAAUCUGGGCCUGCGCGCCCAUUUGCAAAGGCGUCGGCUUCGCCAUGGUGUGCGUUUCCAUGGUGGUGGCGGUGUACUACAACGUCAUCAUGGCCUACACAAUCUACUACACCGCCUCCACGUUCCAGGCGCAGGUGCCGUGGGCGCGCUGCGAUCCGCUGUGGGCCAACGACACGCCCUGCUUCGUGCGAUCGGAGAACACUUCGGAUGUUAACCUGAACGUGACAAAGCCUUCCAGCCAGGUCUACUGGGAGCGUUACGUGCUGGAGUUGACCGACGGCCUCGAAGACCUGGGCGGCGUCAAGUGGGACCUGGCGCUGUGCCUGCUGCUCAGCUGGAUCAUCGUGGUCGCCUGCCUCGUGAAGGGCAUCAAGACCUCGGGCAAGGUGGUCUACUUCGCGGCCACCUUUCCCUACGUGAUACUCAUCACGCUCAUGAUAACCGGCCUGUGCCAGCCGGGCGCCAUCAACGGCGUGCUCUACUUCAUCACUCCUUCCUUCGAACGGCUGCUGGACAUUAAAGUAUGGCAGGCCGCAGCGGGACAGAUGUUCUUCUCGCUCAGCCUGUCCAUGGGUGGUCUCAUCAUGUACAGCAGCUACAAUAAGUUCUCGAACAACGUAUUCAGGGAUGCCAUGAUAGUCAGCGUGCUCGACACGUUCACCAGCAUCAUAUCGGGAAUGGUCAUUUUCUCGGUCCUCGGAGCCAUGGCGCACGAUCUGGGGAACGUCGAUGUGAAGGAUGUCGCGCAAGGAGGUCCAGGCUUGGCGUUCGUUGCAUAUCCAGAGGCACUGACACGGUUACCGGUUCCUCAGCUGUGGUCCGUUCUCUUCUUCCUCAUGCUGUUCAUACUCGGUCUUGACUCGGAGUUCGCCAUCCUGGAGACAUUCGUGACCAGCCUUUGCGACCAGGCGCCGUUUCUGCGAAAGCACAAGUGGGCAUUCACCAUCGUCAUGGGCAUCGUUUGCUUCUUACUUGGCCUCCCGAUGGUUACUAGGGGCGGCCAGUACAUAUUUGAGAUCGUGGACAGGUUUGGAGGCAGCACGACACUAACUUUCAUCGGUCUUGUUGAAGUCAUCUCACUCGUAUACAUAUAUGGAUACUCCAGGUUCUCGGAUGACGUCUACUUUAUGCUGAACAGACGCCUGGGAUGGUACUGGAAGGUGACGUGGACUGUCACUUCUCCACUUGUGCUGCUGGUCAUCUUCAUCUUCUCUAUGGUGGAUCAGAACGAACCCGUAAAGUACGGCGACUACGAGUACCCGCCCUGGGCCAUCGGCAUCGGCUGGACCAUCACGUUGUUCGUCAUGUUACAAAUACCUUUCUGGGCCAUCGUCGCCGUCUACAGGGCGCCUGGAAACACCCUGAUGGAGAAAAUGCGUCACGCCUGCCGACCGUCCAAGCACUGGGGCCCGUCCGACGCGUCCCUCAAGGAGCAGUGGAAGGCCGCGACGGGACAGACGCAGCCGGACGUCAAGGUGGAACUCAGGAAGUUCUCCCAGGCCGACGCGUGCUACACCGUCAACGGCGUCGAGAACAAGGCUUACGUCGUCACGGAACGGGACGCUCGCUGACCACACUUUGUGGGCAGCAGCGCAGCGCCAGUCGUGAGGCCCUGCAGAGUGACUGCCUCGCCUUUCCGGGUGAUACGUCGAUGUCCAGAGUGUGUGCGGUGCGUUUGUGUGUGAGUGCGUACUUGCGUGUGUGCUGUGGGACUCGAAGGCGACAGCAAUCACUGGAACCUCGCUGCCCCGCAACUGACCAUCUCGUCGUGUCAUCGAUGCCAUAAGUGCCUCGGGCGUGUACAUUUUUGUUUUCUAACUGUACGUGACUCGUGUACCAGAGCUUUGUGUCGCUACGUCGCUAUCCGUUCACGUAGACCCUUUGACCGGUUAUCAACAAAGGCCGCACAGGAGUCUUGCGGCGGCCGUGUCCGCAAUUCAGCGAUCGCAGUUCAGCGGGGAGGCGCAAUUAAAUGUGCUGAAUUUGCUACUGAAAUUAUCGACCGAGAUACAAAACCCUGUAUGGCAGGCAACCAGAGUAGGAGGGGAAAUAACCACAGGAACGCGCAAAGAAGCAUAGACAUAGGGCACGGCCGCUGGAUAAAAGAAAGGAGACCCUUUUUUUUUAUCCAGCGGCCGUGCAUAGGGCUUUCUCUAUCAGUGUUCUUGUUGGAGCAGCUUUUGCGCUGCUUGCGCGCCACGAAUUCGUUAUCCCAACUCAACUCUUCAAGAUCAAUAUCACGUGAACUUCUGCGAAGCGUGGGGCAGUCUCGGCCUCCACAACUGACACGGUGAAAUUAUUCGCACUUUUGUUUAUGUUGGCUUUUCCGUAAAAAAAAAAAUAUGCAAGGAAUGGUGAUAAACACGAAAUAAGCAACGACACGCGCUGCGAGCGUGUGAAUGCGUCAAAAGGCACGUUCCUUAUAAUCGAGCACUACAUCAAGCACAUCUUGAGGAAUGCGAGAAUUACACAUAUCACUAUGCGUAUACUACACUUCUACACUUCGAAAUAGGUGCUUCGAAAGAUGCGAACGGGCAAGAACAUAUGGCGUUAUAUUUAAUUUUCCCGUUUUUUGCUGCUUUAGUUCAACCGUUCCGACUCCCGAAAUAAGCUACUAUUCAAGCACUUGUAGCUAGCACCAGUGAAGUCGAAAGCUCGAAGAGUUUCGGAAAAGGCUUAUGAUAUAAACGAUGUGAUGUUUCAUCGUGUGGCGUUUCCGUGCGGCCCAGAGAAGUCUCAUUUUGCGUAUUCCGUACAAAAUGAAAACAUGGUGCUUGCGUCGGAGCAUCCUUUGUUCUAUGCGUUACCAUUGUCACCAGCUCGAAGCAGGACAGUAGCGCGAAUUAAGCGUAAACGUCACUUUUAUGCCUCGGGUGCAGUAAGCAAAACAAUGCAAGAUAUUGGGCAUUCAAGGCACAUUCACUUUGAAGUUUGAAUCAUUUUUCACGUAGAGGUACUGGGUCCUUUUCUGUUACGACGUACGCUAGUGACAAAAGAUUUGCUGUGCGCAGAAGAUUGCCGUCUGCACCGCACACGUUGUUACAACAUUACAUAUUUUCGCAGCAAACGAUUUAAUGCUGCUAUAGAGAGAAAAAUGUAAUUGUUAAACGUACGUGUUCAGGAAUAUGUGCCCUCUCAGAUCAAAGCAAAGCAGGAGCGGAAUGUGUCUUGGUGGCACCCAUAGAAGGCCAUGUUUGCUAGCGUUCUCAGUUGACAGAAGUACGGGAUGUGGAUCCGUGAGCGCUGCCAACUGACAUAUGCAAAUUGUGGCUCACGGGUGUCAGCACAGUUACCAUUCUCGCUCAGCUGAAUUCGCCAAAGCUUCUUACAGCUAAGCUGUUAGUCUCGCGGUGGUCGGCAUUUUUACGCGCCUGGCGUCCGGGAGCAAAAAUGCGAGCCGUUCCCGGUGUCAUUGUAGGGCAGGAGCAGUGGCUCGUAGCCCUGUAUGGCAGAGUCUUCAAGCACUCAGCCAAGUGAAGCGAAAAGGGCAUACAUUCUUUGGCAUCACGCAUACAACAUACAGCACAGCAUUCGUUUCAAUAAAGAACAAGCACAAAAUAAGCAUCGGAACCACAUAUUUGGUGAUACGGCGCUCCUGAUAACAAUGCGAAGCACGUAGCGCUCCCCGCAUACGUUUCCCGGUAAAGAUAACUGUUGCGCAAGCUGCCGCGGCGACGGCAGCUUGCGACGUGUGGAGUGAGGUCACUAGCCUUUCAUAUAUAGAAGAACCAGCCUAGUACCGGACUUCAUUGUUGUUGCAGCACUGCUAUGGGUACGCAGCGCAUAGUUAGGACUCCUGAGGAGCAGCGUGAAUAUGUGGAGCGGCAAAGAAAACGAGAGACGGCAAUUCUACUAGCGGUGCCGUGCUUCCAAAAUUACCAUUACUCCCAUUACUACCAUUAUCCUAAAUUACCAUUAAUACCAUUACUCUGAAGCAAUAAUGCAUUGCAUACCCCCCUCAGCAGUUGUAGUGGUGGUUUUCAACAGCUUUGCUGGACAUCCACUUUAGCAGAGCCGGGAUUACGAGUGAAUUUUUUCUCACGAGGAAUUCUCGUACGCGUUUAAUUCGCAAAGCAUUUUGUUCGUUUGUCGUUGUCCGGCUUCCUUACCUAAUAACAUACCAAUUGGCUCGCACCUGCUCUUGCGAUUAGUUCCAGCCGAAGAGAUAUUUUGCAAAUACGGCCGGCGGGCGAUUUCGUUGCUCGCCGAGUGCCGCAGAAAAGUACACGGGUAUUUGUAGGAAACGUGGAACUUUCAUCAAGUUCUCAAACGCGGCAAUUUCUGAAAUUGCUUCUAUUACGAAGACGCAGCAAAGGCGAAGCGUAGUUGCAGGUGCUCUAGCAAUAUUUCAUUUGUGCAAUGAAUGUGGUUUGGUUUAAUAAUUGUUUUAAUAUUAAGGCGGAAGCCUUAAUGGCUCACUGUCAAGGUCAUCUGCCGUUAGCAGAAACUGUCACAGCUUUCCGGCUUCCUGAUUGGUCUCCUCUGUGUCGUGACGUCACUGUCGCUAGGCGCAGGUGUGCGCCUUCUGAUUGACUCGCGUGCGUGAUGUCACUGUCGUCUCAAGUGCGGGUGUCGGGGUGGUUCGGCGCCGCGCGGGUCUGUCAUUUCUUGGUCGUUGCUACAGUUGCUAUAGCAACGGCGCCUGCUUGUCUAUCCGUUUUGUCGUCUGCUCCACUCAUGCCCUGACGCCUGUAGCACGCAUAGCUGGUAUUGCACCGCCAUGGAAGACGCUUCUCCUGAUCCACAAGCGGCGCUGCAACAUUUCCAGGCGGCCACGAACUACUUUAACAGACACUUUAACAGCAAUGGUGUCACCCUUCCGCCAUUUCACACUUUAGUCUCGACAAAGUGUCUUCCAACUUUUUUGAGACUCCCGGAAUUUACGUUUUCUGCGUGUGCGUAAGCUAUGGAACUGCUUAUUAAGUAACCAGAGCAAUGCUACAUGGCAGCGGAAGCGACUUGAGCGUGUGUUUCCUGUUUGAUAUAUGUAAUAGUUGAGCCGGAUACCAAUAACGAAGAUGUCACCUAGAAAAAGGAUGUCCAAAUCGUGUUACAGAUUCCCUUUCGCACUUUCAUAACACAUUUCUAUUAGAAUAGCGGAUACGGAGCGAAGGUCAGCAUCACGUUGCUCUGUCUGGAGUCUCUUACGGUUCGAGUGCUUUGAGUCAUGUGUGCUGACUUCCUGCAUGUUUUGCUUUUGACUGCUUUCACUGUUCACAUUUUCAUGACUGCAUCACUGCGGUCAAAUUACAAUGACUGCGCAAACUCUUUUCCUCAGUGCUUUCGCUCAUCGCGUUAUCAGCGUCUUACAUUUUGCAUUCGACCUCAAGUGCACGCAACCUUCACUUACUCGCUUCUACAGCUCAGGGUUUUCAUAGUCUUUGAUUCGGCGUAUCAGUGCUGGCAGUAUAGUGUGAUUCGCAAAACUCGAGUUUCAUGGCUGGCAGCCUUUUUUUUAUAAGUACUGGGGAUUUUCGCCACUUGGUUUAGUGCAAGAGUGCACAUGGCUACAUCACCGGCGGAUUGCACAAUUAGGUGAAUUGAGGUCAAUGCAAAUAUAGCUUUUCAAGUACUUUUCUAAGUACAAUAUGCUAGGGGUGUGCGAAUAUUCCAAGUUUGGUAAAAGAAUCGACUACAUAUGUAAAAAAUCUAACGUAAAUUCAAUUGGGCAGUUUGAUGUGUAUGAUUUCAUGUAGAUAGAAUCAUGAGAGUACAAAAACGGGAUUACUACGAAUUAUUGUAUCCCGAAUUUGAUGGAAAAAUGUCCAUGUACAUGGUGCAUCUGACGCUUCAGGUGUCUGUUUUCGGCAGCCAGAAAAUGUCACAAACUUUACAUUUUUCGCUAAUUUGCGAGUUGCCUGUUUAAGACUACCGAAUAGCGUUACAUGCUUUGAAGGGAAUAAAAACGACUAGUUUAUCCCCAGCAAUUUAUUUCACGAUGUUUUUUCUACUUUAUUAGGCAAAGAAGUAUUUGAUGUAAGGUAUAUAUAUUCAUAUGCUUUUUUUUUAGUCUCGCAUACACGCAUUCGGUUCGAUUCGCACUUUUUUUGAAUUCGAACACCUCUAGUAUAGGUCUAGAGAGCGUGAAGUUAAGGCUGCGUGCAUUUGAGAUUGCGCUAUGGAUGAAUGGCGAGCUGAAAUUUACUAGUGAUAAUGGAAAGCAGUUGAUUCAUUUUUUCCCCUGUAUGAUUGAAAAUGUGAGCACAUUUCGGUUUUGUUUUUUACUUGUGGUGUCUUGAGGUGCCUGAAAAUGUUGACAAGAAAGGACAGUAUCUUUAGAUCGUAUGGAAGUGGCACUCUUUUGUAUCACUCACACAGGAAGAGCUCGUGAAAACAUCACAAACACGAAAAGUAAUUAUCGCACGUGUGUAACGUAAAAAGUAGGUUACCUGUGAACACGUGAUGUGUAACGCAGAAACAGGGUCCGGUCAGUACAAACACCAUGGGGUUCUUGUACAUAACAAUUAUUAAAGAGGCACUAAAAAGAAAUAAUAGAUCAAAAUUCCCGGGACUUUAAACAAACGUUUGAUAUGAGCUGAAUAAAGUAGGCCGAAGUUCGCAUUUUUAAUUUCGCGCCUAGACUAUGACGUCGAUGACGUCACAGGAGGCAUGGAGGAUUUUGAUGUGGUAUGGCACAAUUCGGCAGUCCUUGCGGAAAAAAAAAUUCUUAAAAAACAGCACGUUUAUUCUUUACGUACAUUCGAAUAUAGUGCAGCGUCCUCGCAAAAUUUUUUACGCAUCGUGAGCGGCCGAGAAACUGCACCAAAAUUUACGACGUCAGGAGAUUUUUUUUCUUGCCGCAUGGUGCAGAAAUUGAACCCUAGCUUCUCCUCUCGCGUUCAGUUUUGGAAUUCCCUUUAGAUUUAUUAAGCCUACAUUUACGGUGGCUGAUCUACAUGAUAUUCCAGACAGCGAAUCUACCAAUUUAGCUUAACUUAAUAUUUCUUAUUGGUGUCUCUUUCGUAUGCAACCUAACAGCUCCCACAUAGUUGCUUUGAAGCAUGAUGAUGUAAGUGAAAAUUUUAAUUCUGCUGUCUGCGUUAUGUAUGAGUAUUUGAAUGCAACAUGCUGAUAGUCGGAUAAGUGUGAUUUCUUGAGCAAUCACUGAAUGCAGCUUGUGAGAGUGUGCUAAACAAAAGCCACAAUGGUCGCAGUCCAAGCUUCAUUGGAAUCCAGGAAUGCAUGCUGAGCGCUGUUGGUGUUCCAUUAAUGUUCUUAGUGUGCAAUCAUCGUCGGUUGAUGACCCGUGCCUUGUAUAUCUUUUCUCGCGCUUGCACUACAUAAUCGAGAAGGCGAAGUCCUCAGUGUUGAAUGUAGCAUAUUUCGCGUAAUAGCGGCGCUUGCAUUAAAUAUUUAACAGUGAAGCUUGGACUGUCACCGUUCCCUUACGAGACCACGUGACUCAAGUUCACCUGUGAUAUCUUGUACAGAAGUAUCGGCAGACAGGUGCAAUGUUCUCUUUUGUUGGGAUUCAGCCAUUUGUUGAUAUCUUUGAAAUGCUUAAAUGCUAGAAACUUACUAUAGAAAGAAAAAUAGUUGAAUUCAAAAUGAUGCUAUUAUUUGAAGCCGAUUUUUGUUUAUCUCCGGGAUCCCACAGAUUCGUCGAUAUCUACCUUGCACUGCGUAGAGCCAAACACCUUAGUGGCAGUGAAUCAAACUGUGACGUAUGCAAGUGUUGCACAUGUACUUAUGUGGAGAUUAACAUGAAUGUUUAUGCGUAGCGUUCUAUUGUGUGCCCCUAAUGUGCACACUUGCUUCUAUUGCAAGGUAGAAAUAAAACAAAAAAGAUGUCCACACUAA